AGCUAAAUAGGUGGAGGAUGACUGUGCCACCCAGCACUCAAGGGCAAGAUGGCAAGGGGACAGCCUCGGAGGAGCGAAGAGCAAUGGACAGCCUUGCAGAACAGAACAGAGUGCAAAACAAAGAUAAAACUCACAAGGUGUGGCAAGAUUACCCUGGGCAUCUUAACGGCGGUGCUUGCGGCAGUACUGAUUGGACUCAUUGCCUAUUUUGCCGCCUGUGGAAAAGACUCUUUCUACUACCAUGUCAGCUUUAAGGUUAACAACAUUGACUAUGACAGCAAAUUUGCAAAGCCAUAUUCUCAGGAAUACAUGGACCUAAAUAAAAGGAUAGUGUCUUUGAUGAAUGAAACAUUUCAUGAAUCAAAACUGAGAAAACAGUACGUCAAAGCUCACACUGUGCAAGUAAGCAAAGCCAAAGGGAAGGUGGUGAUACAUGCUGUGCUGAAGUUUAAAGCCUGUUAUAGAAAUAAUGUAGAAAAAUACUGGGAAAGCGUUGAAACCACUUUGUAUCAGAAACUCAAAGGCCAAACUGGAUUACUUAUAGACUCUUCCUCAUUUAAAUUUUCAGACAUUGCAAUGCCAAUAGCAGAAGAUCUUCUCAAUACAUGUUGUGGACGACGCACAAUUAUUCAUAGAGGUCACAAAGUAGCAGGAGGCCAGGAUGCUGAGGAAGGAGAAUGGCCCUGGCAAGCCAGCCUUCAACAGAACAGUGUCCACCGAUGUGGAGCUACUCUGAUCAGUAACUACUGGCUUAUCACUGCUGCUCACUGUUUCAUACGGGCUGCAAACCCCAAAGACUGGAAAGUUAGCUUUGGGUUUCUUCUAAGUAAACCACAAGCACCACGAGCUGUCAAGAAUAUUAUAAUCCACGAGAACUACAGUUACCCUGCACAUGAUAAUGACAUAGCUGUUGUGCGUCUGUCUUCGCCAGUAUUGUAUGAAAGCAACAUCCGAAGGGCUUGUCUACCAGAAGCUACUCAGAAGUUCCCACCCAACUCAGAUGUAGUGGUCACUGGGUGGGGAACGUUAAAAUCGGAUGGAGACAGUCCUAAUAUUCUCCAGAAAGGAAAAGUGAAGAUUAUAGACAAUAAGACCUGUAAUAGUGGAAAGGCAUAUGGUGGCAUGAUCACACCUGGAAUGAUGUGUGCUGGGUUCCUGAAGGGACGUGUUGAUGCCUGCCAGGGUGAUUCUGGUGGACCAUUGGUUAGUGAAGAUUCUAAGGGCAUCUGGUUCCUCGCUGGUAUUGUAAGCUGGGGCGAUGAAUGUGCACUUCCAAACAAGCCUGGUGUCUACACUCGGGUGACAUACUAUCGAGACUGGAUCACAUCCAAAACUGGUCUCUAGUGUGGUUGUUCUUUGUAGAUUCAAGCUCAGUGGUUGCAUAUCUGUUAAAUAUGUUUGUAAUCCCAAAACCACAUUUUCUUAGAUAUUUCUCCUCUUCUACACAUUUAAAUAUAAAAUUUAACAGCAUGAAACUUUAGAUUUAAGAUGUUUAUUAAAGUUUGGCAUAUCUUUAGUGAGAUUAUGAACCAAAAUAUAUAAUUUUCUCCUUUACCAUUUUGAGGAUAAGUAUAAUUAUUAAAGUGAAUAUGGUUUGGUUUAUUAAUAAAAUACUCUCUGCUACCUUGGUGAGGCAGAUAUUUGGGUAAUAUAUCACAUGAGCAUUAGUUAUACAUGAUUCAAAUUGUAUAAGCCCUCUUCUACCGACCAGUUCAUGGAUUCUCCAGAAUCAAUGUGUUUGAGGACAGAGUCCAGAACAUUAUAGUAACACUGCCCAUAAGAGUUACUGGAGAAAUAUUUAUCUAUUUUCUUUCUGGUCUCUGUGUCAAACCUAAUUCUUCCAAUUUUUCCUCGUCUUAAGUGAUAGAAAUCAAAAUAAUAAUCCACAGAUGUAUUAAUAGACCACAGUGUUUACUGACUUUCCUUUCUCUCUUGACUGUGAAACUGAAGUCAGAAGGUGGUUCUCUUGCAACAGUAGCAUUAUCCAUGGGCGUAUUAGGUUUUUUUUUUUAAUAGGUAGCUUUAAUUCAUAAUGCAAAUAAAGCCACAUUGUUUGUAUUCCAACUCUUAAAAUGUCUCAAUAUUACAAAUUAGCAACUAGAUAAACAAUAUGAAAAAUUGUUCUCAUGUCACUCUGACUUCGCCCAUACAAAAACAUUCUAGUGGAGGGUACAGGUGUCUGAAACUGCACAGUGAUGUCAAUUCUGCUGCUCAGUUGACAUUGCUCCAAAACCUUAUCUAAUCCAACUGCUUUCUCAGACUAAAGUUCAUCACUGUCUCUAUAGGACUUCAUAUUUCUCUGCUUCAUCACUAACAAUAUACAGCUACCUCCAUAACCAUCAUGACAAACAUUAAUAACAUUCGCUAAUAUUUACAGGUUCUUAUUCAUGGUAGGCAAUAUACAUAAUUAAAAUCAAUGGACAACUCCAAGAAAAUGGUCUCCCUGGUAUUUCAAUUUUGUAGAUGAGCUUACUAAAGUAUAGAGAAGGCCAGCAGUCUUCUGAAGAUCAAAGAGCCUCUAAUUGACUGAGAUCCAAAUCAUACAGCUCUAUUUCAGAGCUUACAAUUUUAACAGAUUGUUAUGAUACAGGAUAUUGUUAGGGCCUAAAUAUUUCUUUUUUUAAUUAGGUAUUUUCUUCAUUUACAUUUCCAAUGCUAUCCCAAAAGUCCCCCCAUGCCCUCCCCCCACCCACUCCCACUUCUUGGCCCUGGCGUUCCCCUGUACUGAGGCAUAUAAAGUUUGCAAGACCAAUGGGCCUAAAAUAAAUUAACAAACAUAACUAGGUAAAGAAAAUAUUAUUUUCUGGUAGUUUAACCAGACUAGGCCUCUCGCAUCAUGUUCUAAAAUGUAGAAUUUAUCAGAAACAUUAUGGAUUAAUUGUUAGGUGCAUUAUAUGGAUGCUUUUAUAACAUUCAACUCAUCUUGUUAUAUAUCCCUAAGAAUUAAUAUUUUUAUUAUUUGUAUUUUAGAAAAUAGAUAUAAACAAAAUAAAAGUACGUGCACAUUGGUUAAGACUGACCUAACAUGGGCCAGACAUGACUCUGGCCAUGGAAGAAGUGGGGCUUUGGUUGACAACCCCUCAAAUUAAAUAGGGGUAGAUUCAAAAAAUUAAAGAGUUAUUUAUUACCUCAUGUAAAAUCUGCUAUGUUCUGAAUAGUUAGAAUAGUAUUCAGUCGUAUAAUAUAAUAAAGACUGUAUUGUGUUUAUUGAUAUUAACUUUUAAAUUACAGAUUCUAUGUGCCAUAUGUAUUUUGUUCUAUUAGAAAAAAAUUAAUACACACUAAUGACUUAAACCACCAAUACUCUCCUUCACUUAAUUUCUUUAUAUAUGCUGAAUAUGGACUGCCUCCAUUAGAAAAGUAUAAAAUACUUUUAUUUUGAUUCAGAAAAUGCUUUCAUGUGAAGACAUAUAUUGUCAGAUACAUUCAAAUAAAGAUGAUUAAAUGACCCCAUCUACAGGUUGAUACACUGUAUAAUAAUAAAAUCCCUUUCUUCAAUUUAAGUAAAAACAGUAAUAAUGGUUUCUCUCCAUCUGGGCACCAAGGUCAUAAUUACUGGGUUUUCCAUCAGAUAUAGGUAUUUCUCCUAUAAAAAAAAAUAUCUCUCAAGGUCCCAUGAUUUGAACACAUGUAAAGAAAUUAAGGUGGAAUUUUCACAAAAGCUAGCUCUACUGUAAAGAAUUAUACAUGCUAUCUGAAACUGUAAAACCUCUGAAUUUCCAUACAGGGAUAAGACAAAAACUCCUUGACACAAGUUUGGCAAUGAUUUUUAUGAGUAUGAGACCAAAAUCUCAUACAACAUGGAAUAAUAAAAUAAACAUUAAAACUACAUAAACUAAAAAGUUUCUGCACAUCAGUCAACAAAACGAAAACGCAUCCUAGAAGUUGAGAGAAAGCAUGCUGUAAACCUUAUAUCUGACAAACACCCCAAAUACACAAGAAAACAAGCUGCUCCACACCAGAAGAAACAAGAACCAACAAACUGAUUUUAAAAAUGCGUGAAUGUCUUAAACAUUUUUCCCCCAGAGAAGAUAUAGAAAUGGCCAACACGUCUACAAACAGGGUCUCAACUUCAAUCAUCAUCAGAGAAAGGUUCAUUAAACUGCAGCACUAUCACCUCAUGCUUGUUAGGACAAGUGAAAGGAAGAGGACUGUUAAUAAGAAUCUAAACUUGGAGCUGAAGAGAUGGCUGAGCGGUUAAGAGCACUGACUGCUCUUCCCAAGGUCCUGAGUUCAAUUCCCAGCAACAAUAUAGUGGCUCGCAACCAUCUGUAAUGGGAUCUGAUGCUCUCUUCUCGUGUGUCUGAAGACAGUUACAGUGUACUCACGUAUAUAAAAUAAAAAUAAAAAUCUUU